CGGGGUGCUAGCUCGAGAGACGUCAAUCGGAGCAAUUGUCACUAGCCAUUAGUUAGUUAGCCAUCGCGGGGCCARGGGGAGGCAGGAGUGCUGCUGCGGCUGCCUGCCACAAAUGGUUAAGCGCGACUUGUAUAUAAGACUGAAGAACUCGAGGAAAAUGCAUCUCACACUCGAGCUGAGUUCUUGCAGUGCAGACGCGCUUCACACCGAAUAAAGCAAUAGAAGGAAACACAAAUAUCCUACAGCAUGUUCACUCAGACUCUUUGUGUGCUUGGCCUGGUGCUGGCUGUGGCAGUGGCCGUACCCAUUGACUCAUACGGCCCGUCGCUGAUUUCGGCUCCAGCUAUUUCGUAUGCGGCUCCCAAGCUCCUUGCGGCUCCAGCUAUCUCAUAUGCAGCGGCUCCAGCUAUCUCCUACGCAGCGCCCAAGCUCCUGGCCGCACCUGCCUUGGCUGUGUCCAAGGUGGCAGUCGCCGAGCCCUACGAUCCCAAUCCUCAGUAUAGCUUCUCGUACGGAGUCACGGACCACAAGACUGGCGACUCCAAGCAGCAGGAGGAGACCCUGGUCAAUGGUGUUGUCCACGGCAGCUACUCCCUGGCCGAGCCCGAUGGCACCAUUCGCAAGGUGACCUACACCGCUGACAAAGUUAACGGUUUCAAUGCUGUCGUCGAGAAGAAGGGCGUGGCCGUGGUAGCUAAGCCCGCAUUAGCCGUUGCCGCCGUGCCAACCAUCGCCAAGCUGGCGGUGCCUGCUCUGCCCGCCAUCACGAAGAUUGGAUAUGCUGCACCUGCGUAUGUUGCGUCCGGCUAUGGUGCCCAUUACUAGAUAGGCAUAGAGCCCGGAGAUCCGUAGACGACCUCAGACCGUUGUUGAAUAGUUCUAGUUCUGCAUCCCAAUCCAUCCAACCAUCCAACCAUCCGAAACCCAAAUGACGUGCGUGCUGUAUGCUCAACUGAAGCCAACUCCGCAUCCUGUGGCCAAUCUCUUGAUACACACAAAUGUAGCUUCUAGGGAUACCCGUUUCUAGGGGAUUUUGGGGAACGGCUAUCGGCCAUUUAUCUAGUGAUUUAUUAACUGCAUCUACUGAAUAAAA